UUUCUAGAAGUGUUCUACUAGAAUUUACGGAGUUGCGGCGUUUUGCUAGCACUCGUUUUUUGGAUCUAAAUAUUUGCAAAUUUCUGCGAACUACAAAAAAUAAAAUAAACAUAAACUAUUAUGUCAGACACUGAGAAAAAUAUACCCGAAGGUUGGGAAGUGCGCAAAAGUCGGUCAACGGGUUUGACCUAUUAUUUAAAUAUUUAUACAAAAGAAUCCCAGUGGGAUUUACCGUCUGAGCCCGCAAAAAAGGAGUCGUCUGGUCCCAGUGAGGUGCGUUGCUCCCAUCUACUUGUUAAGCAUAAAGGUAGUCGUCGUCCUAGUUCAUGGCGCGAAGAUAAUAUUACGCGUUCUAAAGAAGAAGCACGUGCGAUUUUAGACGACUAUCGCAAGCAAAUUGAGUCUGGUGAUACUACAUUAGCCGCAUUAGCAACCAAAUACUCCGACUGUAGUUCUGCCAAACGUGGUGGUGAUCUAGGUCCUUUUGGUAAAGGUCAAAUGCAAAAGGCAUUUGAAGAUGCAGCAUUUAGUCUGAAGGUUGGACAAAUGUCAAAAAUUGUCGACACAGACUCCGGACUACAUAUAAUUCUGCGUACGGAAUAAAUUAUGUAAAUUAACACUAAUCACUCCUACUCGAUUUAUUUAACUAAAACGCAUUUAAAAUUUCUAAUAACUAAAUUUUUUAUUUUAUCUGUACGAAAUCUGUAAAUGUUUUUGAUUUCAUAUUGUUAGCUAAACAAGUAAUCCAUUAAAAUUAUCAAAACUACAUAUGAUAAAAUUAAAAUAAAUCCAACUAUACUAUAUUAAAA